UCCGGGGCCGUGCGGGGCUCACUGCGCGUGUUGGGGGGGGUACUGCAGCGGGCGCGCUGAAAUCAAAGGUGCUUUCUUCGUGCGGCUCUGUCGCGUCGGCAGAUGUGUGGCCUGCGGGAUCUCCUCAUGGGCUGCGUGGUCACGGAAGCUGUGCUGUGACACGCUGCUGCUGUGAUCUGAGUCGUCGCGUGUGUAGGGCGCUCGGUGAUCCUGGACGGUCCAGGCGGAGCAGUGGGGGAGGGGGGUUCGCUGGUAGGGGAUAGGCCUGAACGACAGGUGUAGGGGUUUAGACCGGUCCGUGGAGGGCCUUUUCUGCCCGAACUGUUGCAGUAGGGUACUGAAGGGCCGUUGGGGCGGCCCUUUUCACCGUUCAGGCCUAGACUUUGAUGUUGUCCGUAAGUGACAAGAUGGGUCAGUGUCUCCGCGGACUCUGAGGUCCUGUCCCGGCCGCGCGGUCUCCGGGGCUGGGAGGAAGCCCGGGUAGGAGUGAGCACAGCUGGGCGUAGGCCUUCUCCACCUGGCAGCUUCACCAGCCAGCAGUCCGCCUGAGGGGAGCUUUCCCAGCACUGCAGAUUGGCCCGGGUGCUUGCUGUUCUUGGGAUUACUAAGUAGAUAUUUUCCCCCCCGCUGAUUAAUCAGCAAAUCAGCAAAACUGGAUUUUCCCAAAAAUAAACAAUGUUUCUUGUUUUGAGACAAUUUUGCCCUGUGGGAUGAGCUGUGAAGAGGCAAGUCUCUCCGCUCAGGGUGUGUUUGGGGGUGGUGAUGGAAAGCAGGCUCUCCACUGCCCUAGCCUUGAUUGGGCUUCGAAUUCCACCUAUGCUCUGUGACCUGGGACCAGCCUUGGCUUCCUCGUGGGGCAUCUGGGGUGCACUUGCCACCCCUCGGGAGUUGGGAAAAGUGAAUCAUCUGCCGUUGACCCCACUGGGGACGAAGUUAAUGGUGGCAUUCGUGGCCAUCCAUAGGCCUGGCUGAACUGGCCUGACGUUGUCCCUGACUCCCAGGGUACUGUCCCUGCAGACCUGUGAUUUCAGCCCCUUUAAAACCCUCCUGGGUGUGCGGCUCCUGGACAAGUCUGGUUCACUGAAUUAUACUAGGUUCUUGGUCUUUCUGUAGGUAAAUUUAUAUGUCUGCACUUCGGUGUUGACAUGGAGGCGCAGGCUGAUGCGUUUUGGCACGUAUGUUUCCGUGAGACUACCGCCAGUCAGGAUACGGAGAACGUCCGUCACACAGAGGUUCUUUCUCUGUUCUCAGAAUCCGUCCCUCACAACCCUUGCCCCUAGGCAGUCACUGCUCUCUGCCGCCCCGUGGGUUGAUUUGCAUUUUCUAGAAUGUUUUGUAAGUGGAAUCAUAUCCUCUUUUUUGUACAUUUUGAGUUUACCCAGAAUUAACUGGAGAUUUGCCCAUGUGUGAAGCAUUAGUUCAUUUCUGUUGCUGAGUGGCGUUCUGUGGUCUGGAUGGACCACAGCUUGUUACCCACUCACCUGUUAGAUACAUUCACCAAAUUGCUGGGCUUUUUUUUUUUUUUAUCAUUCUAUUAGAGAGAGCGUGCAUGCGUGAGAGAGACAGCAUGAGCAAGGGAAGGAGUAGAGGGGGAGGAAGAAGCAGACUCCCUGCUAAGCAGGGGGUUCGAUCCCCGGACCUUGAGAUCAUUGACCUGAGCUGAAGACAGACGCUUAACCCACUAAGCCACCCAGGCAUCCCCAAAUUGCACUGUUUUAAUUGUGUUUCGCAGCAGUUGAAGGAGAAGGGGGCACGGAAUUGGGCAGUCCGGUGGGUUGAACUUGGUGCACAAGCCUCAGGUGUGGGCAGUAGUUGAGGCCCGGUGGCCCAGCUGAGGCUCUGGCCCACAUCAGUGGUGCUGGUCCUGGCGGGUGGCCCCCUAGCAUCUUCAGACCUCUCCAGGACGAGGACGGAGUCUAUUCUCCAGGUCUGUCGGGUUACUGGUGCUCGGUCAUCCUCCACCCCCUUUCUGGCUUUUGUGGCUGUUUUGCGGGGUGGCCAGAGGGCCCCUUGGCCCAGUGUCAUCACCAUCACCUCCCGGGGGGGCCCCUGCAGCCAGCCUGCCUCCUCCGAGGGGCCUUCCUGAGAUUUGUGUGGUUUUGCCUCUUAAAUGAAGAAAAAUUUUUAAAAGAAAAACUUGGGUGCCUGGGUGGCUCAGUCGGUGAAGCGUCUGCUUUUGGCUCAGCUCCUGAUCCUGGGGUCCUGGGAUCGAGCCCCGUAGGGAGUCUGCUUCUCCCUCUCCCCGCCCCUCCGGUCAGUUGUUGGCUGGCAGAUGAUAGCAGCAUGGGCCCACCAGGUGUGCCGACCAGGUACACUUUCCAAAGGCAUGUGCAUGUGUGAGUGCAGACAUCAGGGCUGCGUGGAUGGUGCUGGGCUGGGAGGGUUCUUGCUCCAUCUGCUCUCAGCCCCCCCAGGCUUUGGGCCCAGACACUAAAUCCCUUCCCAUUCCCUGAGUUCUGCAGAAAGAAGCGCCUUCAUUUCUCAGGGUUGCCUUUCACUGUUUUGUUUGUUCUGGCUUUCCUUGAUCUGCAACAGGUGAUUGACCUGGAUGGGACGAGGGCUGCGCGUGGCGCACCGCCCCAGGUGUUCGGAGACGUGGUCUCUUGCUCUGCACCAGACGGAGGAGUCGAGAGUUCUGUCACGUCUUGCAUACAUGUCGCAGAGCAAGCACACGGAGGCGCGGGAGCUCAUGUGCUCAGGGGCACUGCUGUUCUUCAGCCAUGGCCAACAAAACAGUGCUGCGGACUUGUCCAUGUUGGUCUUAGAGGCGCUGGAGAAGGCAGAAGUCGAGGUGGCCGAUGAGCUGCUGGAAAAUCUGGCCAAACUGUUCAGUUUGAUGGACCCAAAUUCUCCAGAGCGAGUGGCUUUUGUGUCUCGAGCCCUGAAGUGGUCCAGUGGAGGAUCUGGGAAACUGGGCCACCCCCGGCUCCACCAGCUGCUGGCCCUCACCCUGUGGAAAGAGCAGAACUACUGCGAGUCGCGGUACCACUUCCUGCACUCCGCGGACGGCGAGGGCUGCGCGCACAUGCUGGUGGAGUACUCGACCUCCAGGGGCUUCCGCAGCGAGGUGGACAUGUUCGUGGCCCAGGCUGUGCUCCAGUUCCUCUGUUUAAAAAACAAAAGCAGCGCGUCGGUGGUGUUCACAACGUACACACAGAAGCACCCGUCCAUCGAGAACGGCCCUCCGUUCGUGCAGCCUCUGCUCAACUUCAUCUGGUUCCUGCUGCUGGCCGUGGACGGAGGCAAACUGACCGUGUUCACGGUGCUGUGUGAGCAGUACCAGCCGUCCCUGCGGCGGGACCCGAUGUACAAUGAGUACCUCGAUAGGAUAGGACAGCUCUUCUUCGGCGUGCCACCCAAGCAGACGUCGUCCUACGGGGGCUUGCUAGGGAAUCUUCUGAGCAGCCUCAUGGGCGCCUCGGAGCAGGAGGGCGAGGACAGUCAGGACGACAGCAGCCCCAUCGAGCUCGACUGAGCCCGCCCGCCCGGCCUGCAUGAAGACGCCCGAGCCCGGGCCCUCACACCCGGGGCCCCGUGGCGAGGCAGGGGCGGCCGCAUCGGGUCUGCGCGCUGGCCCGGGGCUGCGUGGCCUGCGGCGGCUGUGCUGGCCGGGCCGCGCCCGCACCUUCAGACUGACCCACAAUAAAGCACAGGCCUUGCCGCGCUUCCACCCUUUCCCUGUCCUUUGUGUCUGGUUUGCUUUGGGAGGCGACCUGGCGUCUGGCGCAGGCCCGACCCCGUCGCAGACGGUAUGGGGGGUGGCCGCCGUCUAGCCGGCCCCACACGACGUCCUGCGGUGGCCCGGCUGGCAUCUGGGCAGCUGGUCUGGGCUGCACCGAGGCCGCGGCCUUUCGGGAUGCGUCUCACAAAGGGACCAGGAGUCCUUUCCACGGUCUGUGAUGCAGUAUUUAUGUUCACUGGGUGAUCGAGUCCUUUGACCUGGCGUCGUAGGUUGUAACCAAUAACCAGUCCCGGAGUGAGCGGAUCUGCCCUUUCUCACUGACGCGAUGCCUGAUGUUCCCGGAGCAAUGACAAGAGGGGAGACACUUUAUUUUUUCACAGUUAAAAUAAGAGUUGUAGAUUAAUACACAGUGGUCAUGCAUGGGAAGGACUGAGAUACACACUUUUAUUGACUGUAAGAUGGAAUUUAAAGGAAGGUUUGUGUUACUUGUUGAGCUGAAAUAAAUCCUUUAUACUG